AUGUCGGAGAAACAGAUCCGUACGGCCGUACCUGUUGCUACCACUGGAGAAAUCAGCUCUCGGAAUCCCUCCGGAAAACAAACAAGGUCUCGCCUUGUCAAUCAUAUACAAAUCAUGGCUGAAUCGACAGUGUCGAGGAAGGAGUCUUCUGUGGAGAUGUCGGUUUGGCUCCGUCGAUCGACGAAGAGAAUACCGUCAAGCGGAGUGAAAAUCGUCAAUCGGGAAGUUGGAUGGAGCUCCUUAGCGGACUGA